AUGCCUGUAUUCACCGAGUACUCUGCGGCGUCGCGGGAACUGCGUGUGCUUCCCUCGUUUGCCCCACCAUUGCCCCGCCUCUCGUCACCCUUUGCUCGUGUCGACCAAGCAGACAAAUAUGAAGUGGUCAUUGUUGGCGCUGGUCCAGCGGGACUCAUGUUGAACUUGCUCCUGGCACGAUACGGACUAAGCGACGACUCGCUGCUCUGUGUUGAUGCGAAGCCCGGAACCCUCAAAUCAGGUCAAGCCGACGGUCUGCAACCUCGCACUUUGGAAGUGCUGAAGUCCCUCGGAGUCGUAGACGAGAUCAUUAACGACGGAUGUCACAUGGAAGAGGUGGCAUUUUGGAACCCUUCCGCUAACAAGGACGAGAUAAUCGAAAGAACAUCGAUAGUCCCCGAUGUUGCCGUUCCAGCGCGGUACCGGCAUGAAGUGACUAUUCACCAAGGUCGAAUCGAACGGAUUAUAGAGACGGAUUUACUGCGUUAUUCAAAGCGUGGUGUCCAGCGUAAUACUAAACUUCUUGAUGCCCGGAUUGAUGAAGCUGGAAAUCCUGAGUUCCCUGUUGUUGCUGACCUAGAAACGGAUGGGCAGCGCAGAACCGUGCGCGCGAAGCACCUGGUUGGUGCCGAUGGGGCGCAUUCGAUGGUCCGUCGGUGCAUGGGACUGCAGCUUGUGGGCGAGUCGUUAGAUCAUAUCUGGGGUGUGGUCGAUCUGGUCGUGGAUACAGAUUUUCCGGACAUCAGGAGACGGUGCGCCAUUCAUUCACCAGCGGGCUCAGUGAUGGUCAUUCCACGUGAGCGUAUUGCUACUGGUGAAUAUUUGACUCGUCUUUAUGUCCAGGUGCCCGAGGAAGCUACGCCAGACCUGGACCAGGUUCCCGUCAAUGAGACUACCACUCCAAAGGCCGAUGCUCGGGCUCGGAGAAGUAAGGUUACCUUAGAAAGCAUCUUCCAAUAUGCAGAGGAUGCGUUCAAGCCAUAUUAUAUUCGACCGAAAGAGGACGGGGCCGUGGACUGGUGGGCCGCGUACCAGAUCGGCCAGCGAGUAUCAGAUAACUUUACGGUCAAGGACUCCAAGGGAGUUAACCGGGUGUUCAUUGUAGGAGACGCGUGCCAUACUCACAGUCCCAAGGCUGGACAAGGAAUGAAUGUUUCCAUGAUGGACUCAUACAACCUAGCGUGGAAACUAGCCUAUUCCAUCAAUGGUCUUACCCCAGAUUCUGCAGUAUCUGGGAAACCUGAUUCCCUCUUAGACACGUAUCAUGUAGAACGCCACACCAUCGCGCAGGAACUCAUCGAAUUCGACCGUGCGUUUUCAUCCAUGUUCUCAGGCAAGAUAGGGUCUGGAGAGGAUGGCGUGGAAGGUCUAACCCAUGACCAAUUCCUUGAGGUCUUCAGCACUGGAAACGGGUUUACCAGUGGCUGUGGUAUUGAAUACCCGGAAAACUUGACCGUGGAGAAGGAGCUAGGACAAGAUAUCAAGAACCCAGUCAUUGGCACAGACUACCUCUCCGGAAUUCUGCACAUGCCGAUGGGAACCGGCGUCAUCUGCAAGAUGGGAAUAUCUGCUAAGACGUUGAGAUCCCUUGGAGCCUCUGUUAUCCCACACUUCCCAGCCUCCACGCUUGAGCAGGUGGUUAUCCACCCUCGUCUUAACAAGACCUUCACAUGGCGCAAUGUGCCUCAGGAGCUUAAGAAACACUCCGAGAUGCGGUUCCACAGCGGCUAUGACAUCGACGAUGUCUAUAAAAUCUACGGUGUGGACCCAGCCCAGGGAGCCUUGGCCGUAAUUCGGCCUGAUGGAUAUGUUGGGACAAUUGCAGCGUUAGACGACGUUACAUGGUCUGGUCCUGACGACCCUGACAACCCUAAGAAUUGGCCAACGAAGAAGAAAUGGGGAGCUGUUUUGAUCGUAUCCUGUUUUACGUUUAUCUCCCCGGUGAUGUCGUCUAUGGUUGCACCUGCAUUACAAACCAUGAAGUCCGAAUUCAAUAUUGAAGAUGAAGUGACCUCCCAACUCAUGCUGUCCAUUUUCGUCCUGGCGUAUGCAUUUGGCCCGCUAUUCCUUGGGCCCUUAUCUGAGAUCUACGGAAGAGUCAUUGUUUUACAGCUUGCGAAUCUAUUUUUCCUUAUUUUCAACAUCGCCUGUGGCGUAUCUAAAACUGCGGCGCAGAUGAUCGUCUUUCGGUUUCUGGCUGGUCUAGGCGGCAGUGCCCCUUUAGCCAUAGGUGGCGGUGUCCUCUCUGACUGCUUCCUACCGGAAGAACGCGGUAAAAGUAUUGCUAUCUAUAGCUUAGCACCUCUCCUCGGCCCAGCUGUGGGCCCGAUUGCUGGCGGCUUCAUCGCAGAAAGGACAACAUGGAGAUGGGUAUUCUACGCCACAUCCAUCGCUGAUGGUGUCAUCCAAGUCAUGGGUCUUUUCUUCUUGCGCGAGACAUAUGCCCCUAAGAUCCUCAGGACACGAGCGAAAAAGCUCCGCAAAGACACAGGAGACACCUCCUACGAGACCGAAGCUGAGCGACAGAACAAGACUUUACCUGAGGUUCUAAGAACAGCGCUUGUUCGCCCGUUCCGCCUUCUCGCAACACAACCCAUCGUCCAAGCCCUUGCGAUAUAUAUGGCCUUCGUGUACGGUAUCUUAUAUUUGAUGUCAUCGACAUUUCCGGCCCUAUGGACUAGCCCGGAGUACUAUAAUGAGUCCACUGGCAUUGGCGGUCUAAACUACAUAUCUCUUGGGGUAGGGUAUUGCCUGGGCUCUCAGAUCUGUGCACGGCUCAAUGACCUCAUCUAUCGCCGUCUCAAAAGCCGCAACAGCGGUACAGGAAAGCCGGAAUUCCGCACCCCGCUACUAUCUAUUGCCGCCAUCCUCAACCCAGUUGGCCUUUUCAUCUACGGAUGGACCGCGCAAACCCACUGUCACUGGAUUGUCCCGAAUAUCGGUGCCAUGCUCUUGGCUAUGGGCAACAUAGUUGCCAUGCAGUGUAUCCAGACCUACAUUGUCGAUGCCUACACGCGAUUCGCGGCUAGUGCGAUGGCCGCUGGUUCAUUCUUGCGCUCCAUUGCUGGAUUUGCGUUUCCACUUUUCGCGCCGUACAUGUACCAGGCGUUGCAUUAUGGGUGGGGGAAUAGUUUGUUGGCUUUCAUAUCGAUCGCCAUUGGUAUCCCAGCCCCGAUCUUCUUGUGGAAGCAUGGGGAGACGAUGAGGAAGAUGAGUACCUAUGCUGCGGGUUAA